AGACUACACAAAAAACGUUUGAAUGAGAACUAAAUCAUUAUUCAAAAAUCAAACACCAGAAAAUAUCAACCAGAUAAUAUGGCAGCUCAGAAGAAGUUUUUAACAAGAGAGCGAAUACCGUGGUACAACCAGAAUGAAGGUGAAACUAAGGGCAUUCAUAGAACCACGUCGUCUGAGCUUUAUCCACUCAGAACAAAAAACCAGAAGAGUCCUCGCAUCAGCAAGCAGGUCACAUUCAACAAGCAGUGGUCGGGAUCCAAUCUUAAGGAAGAAGCCAGGAAAAGCUGUCAGAGCCUUUCAUCAUGUCUGAUCACGAGAUCACCGUCGGAUCCGCGUUUGAAAGGCGGUGUCAACAACCCAGCCGAACGGUCUGCGGGUCGAUUGCCGCGUACAGACAGUGAGUGCCAGUUCAAGGCACCGGGAAUCGACUUUCUCACUGAACGGGAUACUAAUAUAACCACCCACGAGGUCAGGUUGCAAUCCUCGAUCUAUCCUCGCAAAGAAAAAUUAGCGAACAAGUGUGACUUUUUUCCAAAAUAUGUGGACAACCGUCCAUUCAAGGAGCAGGCAACCCAAACGCUCUAUAGGGAAUCAUCGGCACAAACUUUGGCCUAUUUGCCAGAGAUCGAGGACAAGGAAAUAGAUGAGCAUGUAGAGCUUUUCAAACUACCCUCUGCGCUUCCUGGCGAUAGGCCGCCAGGGCUCUAUGAGGUCGAAGUCUUAGAACGAUCCCGCAGACGUUGGGCCUUUAAUGAUGCAAUGAAUGUGAAUUUAAACAAGCAAUUGCAUGAGGCUCGAGAGUUGGCAAUGCAAACGAAGUAUAAGUCCAUACUGGAGGCAUUCGAAUGGGAGAGUUGGAUCGAGCGAGAGGAGUACAUACAGGAGUGUCAGAAGAUGCGACUCGAGAUCGUCAUAAAGAUGUUCGACAAGCGCGAGAAGGAGAUGCAUUUAGCCUCCAAGAAACGCAUUGAAAUGUCCUGCGAACGCAUCGAGAAGCGCCGUCAAGAGGGUCUGCACAAGAACGAGAUAGAGUAUCAGCGCGGCAAACGCCGCAACGAUAUAAAGCUCGCAAAGACGUCAGGGAAAUGGCAAAAGCAGAGCCCUUUGUAUGCCCUGGGAUCACCGUGCUCCGAGUUCUAUGGACCACUCAUCAGACACGGUGUUGAUCCGGCACGUCGAAGCUUUGCAGGUAAUAACCGCAAGGCCUUCGAUGUAAGGAUGGACGAGCUGGAGAAGCGCGUGAAUAUGAACAACGUGACGUGUCCUUUCAGAAAGCUCAACGAAUGGUCCAAGCCCAAAGAGUAUUUCAAGGAGUACGAGCAGAACUUCUGCAAUGAUAAAAAAUUGCAAAGGCUCUACGAAUCCUUGAAAGGCUUGAGAACGCUGUCAUGCGAGCACAAAAAUCCUCCUAAGUGUCUGAAGGUACGGCAUAAGCCCUGCGUUUAUUCAGAGAGUGUGCGCAUGAGCUCUGUUUUUGCUGGUGCGACCACUAAGCAUUACACUCCUGAAAAACCGGAACAGAAACAGCAGAAACCGGAACCGGAGUACACAUAUGAAUCCGAUCGAUCGAGCGCAUUCGCCAAGCGUUUACAGGACGACAGGAGGCAAGUGGAUUUGGAGUAUCUUUUGCAAACGUACGAAGGCACCAACAUUGGUUGGCUUAUGCAGUUCCUCUCUGAGGAAAUGGGCCGGCUGAAGGAACAGCGAAGGCUCCACUACUUUACUAUUUUGGCCCAAAAGGAGAGAUGGCGACGCGAAGCGACUGAAGCAGGACUACGGCAAAAGGAGAACGAAAUGAGAAAGCUCUACGAAGAGUUUUUCCAGAAGAGCAACUUUGCCAACAAUCAUGUUAGCAAUGAGUAUAUCAAUACGAUUGUUAAAACAGAUAUGACCCACAUAGCAGGCCAAGAGGCCGCCAGAACGGUGACGGGGCUUGCAAAAGUGAUUGAUGCCGAUAUCGAGCGUUGGCUGGAGAGCUUCAAGCUCAUCCAGACGCCCCUCACCUAUGAACCACUGCGACUGAUGCUGCGAGACAUGGUCUCCCCAGACAUGAAUUUGAAUGCUGUUCUCGAUCGUCACGAGAAGUCGCUCAUCGCCAGUUAUAUUGUGGAGGACGUGAUAUUUGGCAGAGUGUGGCAAGAGCUGGAGCCAUUCGACAUAGCCAGCACUCUGACCAGCGACUUCAUUGAUCGCCUCAUCGACAACGAUCUCUAUUUGUUCUCGACGGACAGCGAGAGCGAAACGCCUCAGAAGUCAUCGUGGUACGAGUCUCAAGCCAUAAUACGCAAACUCAUCCGCCAGGCUGUGCCCGGACAGCGCUGGAAGGAUGAAACCGAACGCAUUGUGCACGAGAACUAUAAUAGUCUGUUUGAUGAUGUCUUCGCUGAAAUCAUGAACAAAAUCGAUUAUCCUCCAUCAGUGCAAUCUUACGAGUUAAUCCAAGUGCGUCCAACGCAAUCGCACGCUGCCAUCAAAAUAACGGAUAACAUUCGAGCUAUGGAGAUUUUGGAGUUCCAGGCCAUGAGAGAUCAAGUCGCUACGACCAGUUCGGAAGAGCUUAAAACAACAAUACUGUCGCUAUUCAGAAAAAUGAGAGCAGAUAAUAUUACCAAAAAAUUGGAAACCGAUGAAACAUUUUGGGAAGAUGCCAGCAUUAAUUUGGAAAAGGACGAUGCAUUGAUCAAAACGCAGAGCUACGGAACUCAAGAGUCUGUGCACCAAUUAGAUUCUGACUUGUUCAGCAUAAUGGGAAUUCUUGAUAUUUGUAGUGAGAAAAACCUAAAGGCGUUGAAGGGUACCGGACAUACUAAAGUGGAAUACAAAGUGAAUGAAUAUUAUCUUCCAUGGGGAAUCGCCGACCACGAACAAGAGCAUAUUGAGAAAGAUGAGAUGGAGAUGGAGAUGGAAAUGGAAAUGGAAAUGAAAGGUGAGAUAGAUAUAGAGACUGAUUCGCAAAUAGAGUUGCCAAUAGGGGUGGAAAUGGAGUUUGAGCUGGAGGAGGAAAUGGCGAUACAGACGCAGGAGGAAAUAGAGAUGGGUACAGAGGAAGAGAUGAAGAUGGAGGCAAAGAUAGAUGUGGAGAUAGUGGAGAUAGAUAUGGAGGAGCAGAAAAUUCCAGAUACUAGCCAGACUGAAAACGCCUCCGAAGAUGCUGAAGAAAACGAUGAAAUAUUGCCACCAGAUAAGAUGGAAAUCUCCCAGGACUUGGAUCAGAGUAUCAACGAAGAAGAUGAAAAAGAAGAUGAAAGAGAUACGUUGUCUCUGCCCAAUAGUAUUUCGAAAAGGAACAGCUCUGAAAUAAUUCCAUUAGUUGGUUAAAUUUAAUUCACAUUUUAACAUAGUUACAGUUCGAAUAAAUAUUUAUUUUUCUACCAAUUGAU